AUGACUCUCUUUUUGCUGUUUUCCACUUUCUUUUUGAUAAAGGCGCAGCAAGACGGAUACAACCAAGAGAGACACAGAAGGAGACGCAGGCCGUCCGCGCCGGUGGCCCCGGACUCCGCCUCUGUGGACGUGGUGUACGUACACUGCAACGUGGGGAGGGCCCUCUGGCUGAGGGGCCCCGCAGGGACAGGCCCUGUGCUGCUGUCGGCCUUUACAGCUUAUUUGCCAGAAGAUGGUUUGCUGCCAGCUGCUGCUGCUGCUGCUGCUGCUGCUGCAGGGGGUGCUGCGGGUGCGGGGGCUUCUGGGGGUGCUGGGGGUGUCGGGGAUGAGCCUCCUUACAAGGACCGGCUGGACGUCAUAGACAUUGCCUCUGGCUACCACGAGCAGCUGGAGCUGCCCCACCUCUAG